GUUGGGAUUUGAACGCAAAAAAAGUCAUGAAUAAAAAAUAUAAAAUCGCGAAAAAAUUCAAAAUUGAAGACGCACCUUCGAGCAAUCUUCAUCAUUCAUUGCAAACUAUUGAUGUAAGUGGUAUAGAAGGUUCAACUUUGGUUAAAAAUGAACUUCCGGAGUACGAAAUACUCAGUGACAUGAAAAUGAGUGAUAACAGUUUUGAAAGGCCCUUUCGAAAUGAUAAUGUUAAGGUGGAACACAAUUCGCCAAAGUACAUCGUAACGCCAAAUGAAAUUAAAAGAGAAGAUUCUGACAAUGAAUAUGAAGAUGUAAAUAGCACUUCGUCAGAUUGUGAAAUAUUAAGUGAUAUGGAUGAGGUGUAUAGUGUGUCGUCUUCGGACGAUACAAUUUCUGGACAUUCUUCUCACUAUGAAAUGGAACAUAAUAUCGAAUGCGAAUAUAAGCUCCAUGAAAAUCCAAUUUAUCUAAUUUAUCCAAUUUAUCCAAUUUUUGAUAACAUCAAUUAUUUUGAUGACAUGUGCUUUACUUCAGGCUUAGAGAAUAUUGUAGAAUAUUCGAUGGAAGAGUUUGAGAAAUGCACUCGUCGUUCGCAGGAAAUUGUACUUCAAUUCUAUAGCUGCAUGAAGGGAGAUCGAACACGAAUCCCUUCUUUAUAUGACAAGAGCUGUUCUUUGAUUUUUGAUUCACAAAAAUUUGAUGGUGUAUUCUCCAUUGCGUAUUUUUACUUAAAUCUGCCAAAAACUGAAUAUCAAAUACUGCGAGUAGUUUGCAAAUUAACAAAUGAAGUCAUUACAUUGUGCGGUUUUGCGUAUGAGGUUAGAGUGACUGGUACACUCGAAAUUGGAGAGGAGGCUUCCAAAUGGUUCCGCCAUAGAUUCAUAAUUGCUGAGUACGAAGAUAGAUGUAGAAUCGUUUAUGAAGAAUUAGUAUACUUCAAUCCUGUACUUAUACCAAGAAUCAAGUCUUAA